CGUCAGUGCCCAGCCAGGUUUCUGAUAAAAAGAGACAAUGUGUGGCCGGUGUGCAGUCAUGCAUUUGUUGCUGCCUGGAUCAAGAGAUAAAGAUAAAGAGCACGAUCUUACUUUCAGUUCAAUCAGUCCAGCAGUUCCAGCCGUCCUGAAUCCUCCACUUCAUCAUGUCUUCUCCCAUCUGCCCGGCCGCUCCAAUCAGGAAAUGCGUUGACACGGAUAACAAGGAGGUCAAACCUGGAGACCUGAUCAAGAUCUCCCGUGGUGGUCGUAAACACUGGGCUGUUUAUGUUGGUGAUGGAGACGUCGUUCACCUCGUGCCACACGGGAUGGGGGCUGGUACAGGCGUCGUGUUGAAAGAGAAGUUGGAGGACGUGGUGGAGAAGAACAAGUGGAAAGUCAACAAUCACCUGGAUAAUGAAUACACACCUCGUCCAGCUGAUGAUAUCGUGAAUAAUGCCUGUUCACUGGUGGAUACAGAGAAGCAGUACGACCUGUCGAAGUACAACUGUGAACACUUCGCCACUAAGAUGCGCUACGGCAAGCCUGAGAGUCGGCAGGUGAAGGCUGCAAUAACAGCAGAAGCGCCGGUAGCAACAAAAAUGGGAAGGUUUGCGUCUUUUGUUCUUGGACCUUCCUCCAGCUCAGACUCAGCCGCUACAAUCAUCAAAUACUUUGACAUGGAUAAAAGGGAGAUCAAACCUGGAGACCUGAUUGAGAUCCUCCGUGGUUUGUAUAACCACUGGGCUGUUUAUGUUGGUGGUGGAAACAUCGUUCACUUCGUAAACACUGGGUUGGGUUCAAGCUCCAGCGAUGGUGGUGAUGUUGGUGGCAAAGUGUUGAAAGAGAAGCUGCAAGACGUGGCGGGAAAUAACUACUGUAGAAUCAACAAUCGCCUGGAUUAUAAAUACAGACCUCAUCCAGCUAAUGAUAUCGUGGAGAAAGCCUGUUCACUGGUGGAUACAGAACUGCAGUACAACCUGAAGAAGUACAACUGUGAACACUUUGCCACUAAGAUGCGCUACGGCGAGCCUGACAGUCAGCAGGUGAAGGACGCAAUAACAGCAGUAGCAGCAGGAGCAGCAGCAGCAGGAGCAGGAGGAGGAGCAGCAGCAGCAGCAGCAGGAGCAGGAGGAGCAGCAGCAGCAGCAGCAGCAGCAGCAGGAGGAGCAGUAGUAGCAGCAACAGGAGCAGGAGCAGGAGCAGCAGCAGCAGCAGGAGGAGCAGGAGGAUUAGCAGUGGCAAAAGUAGAAGCAGCACGAGGAGUUUUAGCAGCAGCAGCAGCAGCAAGAACAGGCUCGUGAAAGCAGUUGUGGGACGUCAGGCAUUAAAAACUAAGUAAAACUAACUUGCAUAUCAAUCCAUGAUUCUUAUUUCAUAACAUUUGGUCAAAUCCACAUGACCUCACUUCAGAAAUGAAGGUGCCAGUUCAGACAAGUUAAUCAGUAAUGUUUUUCUCUUCAACUGACGAGGAGCAUGAUGUUUAUGUCAAAGAAAUCAAAUAUUUCAUAUGAUGUAAACACAAAUAUGAUUGAAGCUGAUCAGAUGAAUCAAUAAUAAA